AUGUGGGGUACUUACAAGUGCUUUGUCUGUGGAGAAGAUGGGCAUAAAGCUAAAGAUUGCCCAAAGAAGCAACAACCUGUGACUGGUCGAGCUUACGUGAUGCAUGCCAAGGAGGCAGAGCCAAACACUACACUUAUCACAGGAAGGAUAUUUAUUGCAGGUGUAUCUACCUAUGCACUACUGGAUUUAGGAGCUACACACUCAUUUGUAUCGGACACUUUCUUGAAGCGACUAAAGAUUUUACCAGAGGUUAUGGAUUUGGGUUUUAGUGUUACAAUUCCUUCAGGUGAUCAAAUGAUCUCCACCAAGAUAGUGAAGAAUCUGGAGCUCCGGUUGCAAAAGAAUGUGGUUCGGGCAGAUCUUAUCAUACUACCGAUGGCUGAGUUCGACAUCAUACUUGGCAUGGACUGGUUAUCUCAGAAUAGAGCUUCGAUAGAUUUCCGACAGAGGUUGGUAUCUAUUCGACCACCCAACGGGAAGUCAUUUGUCUUUGAGGCAGUUCAGAACAAACAGAUACCCCUAUUAUCUCUUGUAUUUGUGUGA